AUGGUGCAUUGUUCAAGCUCUUUUGUUCAUGGUUUCACGCGCAGAUUCUUUGGCAAACCGUGUUUUAAAACUGCUAGCAUCUAUGGAGCACUGGAGUCAUUAAUAAGCACAGUGAAUGGAUCAACAAGGAAGCCAAUAAAAUAUGUUCUUUGUACUGCACUUAGUUCUUGUGGAAAAACCCGGAAUUGGCGUUUGGGUAUACAAAUCCAUGCUUUCAUGAUUCGAUCUGGAUAUGAAGAUAAUUUGUUCCUCUGCAGUGCACUUAUUGAUUUCUAUGCCAAAUGUUUUGCUAUUCUGGAUGCAAAGAAGGUAUUUAGUGGCAUCAGAACACAUGAUCAGGUUUCAUGGACUUCACUAAUUACGGGAUUAUCGAUCAAUGGACAAGGAAUAGAUGCAUUCUUGUUGUUCAAAGAGAUGCUAUACACCCAAAUUAAGCCCAAUUGUCUUACCUUUGUUAGUGUCAUUAGUGCCUAUGUUGGGCAAAAUGGUGGCCUUCAACAUUGCUCCGCACUUCAUACUCAUAUCAUCAAGCAGGGAUGUGAUACUAACAAUUUUGUGGUCAGCUCAUUGAUUGAAUGUUAUGCAAAUCAGGGACAAAUUGAUGAUGCAGUACUCUUAUUAGCUGAAACUAGUGAGAAGGAUAUUGUUAUGUACAAUUCAAUGAUCUCUGGAUAUUCUAAAAACAUGUAA